GAGCAAGCCCGUUGGCUAGCUCAGUUAAAAAAAAAAAAACAGCCAAGUUAGCCACUCCGCUAGCCACUGGCUCUAACCAACUGGCGGAGGGUCCGCGUUCUCCUGAGAAAAAAAAUUGGCCACAAGUGUGUCGCGUUUUGAAAGUUGCGUCGACGCGAGACGAGGCGACGCGACGCGACGCGGACUUUCCUGCUCGACGGCUUUGAACCGCGUCGCGCUCCGUCGACACUCGACCCCUGCUCCGAGCGGGUCGACCGAACUGGACCGGCCGGGUUGUGUCCGUGACCCCGGGGCUCGGUGGUUCAGCAGCAGCAGCAGGAGGAGGAGGAGGAGGAGGAAGAGGCGACACUUGUUGCUCAUCCCUCACCGGGACAGACUGAGUGUGAAGGCAACAGUUACAGGCUCCUUCCACUCCUUCCUCCUUUGUGAUAUGACAUCGCCGCUUGGUGGGAACAAAAGCCAGAGCUCGGCGGCAGACGGUUGACAUCUGGUCAGGUGUGUAACUGUGGUGCAGUGUGAGACACUCCCCAAGACAAAGUCCACAGUCAUGGCUAGAUAGAGUGCCGUUGAAGACGAUGGCCGCUCAGGUGGAGGUUCAGACUGGGGAGGUGGGGCGGACGAUGGCGGGAGGACGUCUUCACCUGAAUCCUCUGACUGACUCCAGCAACAAGGGCCUCGUCGAGAUCAACCAGUCCCAUAUCAUCACCCCAGAACCCAACAAACCUGUCCCAGGACCCAAGCCACGACUCACUCCUAAACCUUAUGCAGUGGAUAGAAACCCCACUAUAAAGCCCAUACUCGCCCCUAAACCCCAAACCAAGCCACGGCCAGAGUCCACUCGCUUUGUCGGAUACAAACCAGAGCCUCCGCGCAUCCCAAAACCACAGCAACCAGUUGCCACUGUUAAACCCCGACCAGUGUCAUUUAAUCCCAACCGUCCUGCCUCUACCUCCUUCAAAACAUCUAAUCAGGUGAACACAGGACAAACGACCAAGCCAGUAGUCCAGCCAUUUAAACCAGCCCCACCUUUUGACCCUGGAGACCCUAGCAAGCCCACUCCUCCUGUGCCAGCAGAGAGGCGGAAAUCUGGUGCAUCAAGCUUAGGCUAUUCCAAUAGCCUUAAAAAUCUCCCUGCUGCAGAGUGGUCUGGAACCACUAAGAUGGAAGACGAGAAAGACAAGACAACAUCCAGCAAAGGCGGGGCUUCCAUUACCAGAGCCAAGUCCAUGGGCUUUCUUGCACAGGUAGGGCAGGAGGAAGAAGAAAAGGGAAAAGUUAAAGCCGAGGGAGCUGUGCCUCUGAGGCCCCAGCCGAGAAGCUCCAGGCCCAGACCUGUAUCAGCCAUUUUCCUCGACAGUCCAACCAACACAGAGGCGCCGGGUUCUUCCCCCCGCUGGGUUGGAAGACGGCCGCUGUCGGCUGAUCUCACAUCCAGGUUUGAGUCCAUCGGUCUUUCUCUGCACCGUAAAAGUCCGAAGGCAAACACCAAGGAGAACACCCCCGAGGCGACGGUACUGCCACAGAGCAGAGAGCAAGAGAGAACCCCGAAGAGUAACACACUACAAAGCGCUGAUGUCGUAGCCAAGCCUGCCCUCUCAGACCAAAGCAACAAAGAGACGGAGGAAAUGGCCGCGAAAGAGUCUGACGAGAAUAAGCGUGUGGUUAGCAUCAAGUCACGAAUCAGUCUCCUCCUAGAUCCGUCCUCCACCCCGGGAACGGUUGCUGCAGUCCAAGGCUCAGAUCUUCAGUCUCCAGUGCAGCUGGUCCCUGAAAAGGAACCGCCGGUGGGUGUGAAGAAGCUCAUCAAGCAGCUGACCGAGGAUACACCACCAACUCAGGGUCCCAUCGUCAAGCCAACACUAAGGCCCCGCCCCUUGCCCCUCGACCUGACCAAAAGGUUUUCAUCCGAGUGGUCACCCGACUUUGGCAGUGUUCCCCUCAGUGAGGCAACAGACCACCAUGACAUCACCAAAGAUCCUCAGAGGAGGAAUGAGGAGUUGACUCCAAAACCCAUCGACCACAGGACGUUUGUGGAUUUAAAAGAUUCCCAAGAACAGCUCCAAAAGGCCGCGCCACCUGAAGGGCCUGAGGCAGGACAUGCAUGUGGUGCCACUUCUGAGGAAAGUGGCCCCAGCGGUGAAGUGCAGACAGUGCGAGCAUCCUUGUUUGAAAACGUUGUGGAGAGGCACAGUGUGCAGAUGGUGGACGAGGACAAGCCUGUAAACAAACCCAAGGAUUUGCUCCGCAGCCUGUCAUUCAAGAGAGGAAGUGGCGAGGAUGAGGGAACACUGGUCACUGCCACUUAUAAAGAUCCUUCAUCUCCGCCAAGUCCUCUGCGGGUGUCGCACGCCGUCGACACGGUGCAGGCUGUUGAAGAGAACCGGGCCGUGAGUGAGAACGUCCCGUCAGCGCAGUGGGAGGAUAAGGCGGCGACACUGCGCUCCAGGCGUUCAGAAGGGAGCAGGCGGGCAGUAGAGGGGACUGGCUCAGCAAAAGCAGAACCAACUCUGGCGGUGGCGCCGGAACCGCAGACCCGAUACCUGAGAGUCGGAGCAUUGCCAAAGUGGACGACUGCAGGCCACGGCCAAGACGCAGGUGUGGAUAAAGGUAUGCUAAACGAAUCCCAGAUGGAAGGAGGCCUGGCUGUGGAUAAAGAGAGGCACAGAGAGGCGGAGCAGGAGGAAGUGGCUGCAGGACCUAAACGUUUGAAAAUGCUGCAGGCGGAAGAACAGCAUAAACCCAGGGCGACAUAUUUCGCUUUGACCGGACAAAUGCAGGAGCCAGUUUCUCCUAUAGAUGCAGGAGCACACAUGGGGGACACACUGGGGCCCUUUGAUGAUUUCUCUGUGAGGGCGGCACUGGGGGGCUCUCAGGGGAAGAUACUUCCUGUUCGGAGGAAUCCAUCGUUAGAUGAAGCUUUUGGAAAAAACGCUCAAGAUCAAUCUGAGGAGCAGAUGAGGAGCCACGUGUCACACAAUGAGAUAAGAUCAGCAUUGGAUGGACAAACAGCAGAGGAUGCGAUGGAGCUUGGAAAGAAAAGGGAGACGAAAAAACACAAAGGUAUACCGAGAGAUCUCCAGAGGGAAAAACAGAGACAGCUUGAAAUAGAGAAACAAGCACAUUUAGAAUUUGCACGAAUGAAGGAGCGAGAGAUGCAAAGAGAAUUUGAACGGGAAAGACAGAAAGCUUUCGAGAAGGAGAAACAAGAGUUUGAGAAGAAGCAACGAGCACUGGAAAGGCAGAGGCAAAUAGAGCUUGAAAAACAGAGACUGCAAGAAUUGGAAAGGGAGAAACAAAGAGAACUGGAGAGAGAGUGGCAACAGCAACUCGAGAAAGAAAGACGUCAACAAUUGGAGAGGGAGAUUGAAAGAGAGAAACUGCAAGAGCAGGAAAGGGAGAGACAGCGUGAACAGGAGAGGCAGAGACAAAGGGAGGAAGAGAGGCAGCGAGAGCUGGACAAGGAGAGACGGCUGCUGGAAAUCCAAAAGGAGAAGCAGAAAAUGGAGGAGUUGGAGAGACAGCAGCUCUUAGAGUUUCAAAGACAGAAGCAGAGAGAAAAGGAAAGGCAGCAGCUUGUUGAACUCGAGAAGCACAGGAUUAGAGAGAAGAUGGAGAGGGAAGAGGCCGAAAAAAUAAAACAGAUGGCUCUUGAACAGGAAAUGUUAAGACUGAAGGAGCUCGAUAGAGAAAGGGAACGACAAAGGGAGAUGGAGAAGGCGCGAGAGAAAGAGAUGGAGAGGGAAAAGCAGAGAGAGCUGGAGAGACAGCGACAACUGGACGCUGAGAGACAGGAAUUAGAGAACCAGAGGUCGAGACAACAGGAGAAAGAAAGGCAGAGGAGGGAGGAGUUAGUGAGACUCAUGGAGAUGGAGAGAAGAAGGCUGUUGGAGUUUGAAAAACAAAAGCAGGCAGAGAAGGACAGACAACAACUUUUGGAGUUUGAAAAACGCAGACUGAAGGAGAAGCUGGAAAGGGAGGAGGCGGACAAAAUGAGGCAGGUGGCCAAACAGCAAGAGGCAGAGAGGCAGCGCCUCAAGGAGAAGCAGAAGAAAGAGGAGCAGGAUCGGGCGAGGUCGGAGUCGUCCCCUCUUAGGCCUAAAGUGUUGGACCUGGACUCUGUGCUCCGAAAUGAACCUUUUCCCAAGGCUGCUUCUCAGCGCAGUGACCUCGCAACGCGGUGGAAGGAGCCGUCUCCGAGAGUCGAAGAGUCUUACAAACCUGCCAUCCUCGACAUUGACGCUUUCACCUCCCAAACCCAGUCCUCCCCCAGCAGGGACCUGGUCUCGGGUAUUCAGGGAGUAGAGGCUGGGUUUGGGGCAAGGUUACUGCCUACACCAGAGAGAGAGAUUAGCUGGAAGGUGCCAUCACACACUUCAGUGGGCUUCUCAAGCCCAGUGUGGACACAGUCUCCUCAGGAUCCGUGGGAGCUGCGGCCUGUUGAGAUGUCUGUGGACAAACCUGUCGCCGAAACCAGAAAACCUUCGCACAUACUCAGCCCAGAGCAGCUCCUCCUCCGGCAGGGGGAACGGCUCCUCUCUCCGCAGAGGCACUGGUCCGCCCCGGUGGACGAUCCCAUUCACCCGGCCCCUUUCCCCAGCAUAGACGCCAAACCUGGCGGCGCACCAGGUGCGGUCGAGAGCAGCGCCCCCGCGGAUCAGAUGUGGUCCCUGAGCGAGGCACAGCCUCACGACAGCAGGGGGGAGGUCUGGAGCCAGAGGAGAUCCCAGGGGUCCCAGGAGUUGAACAGGAUGCGCUCUCGCAGUGUGUCGAGGCGAUCAGCGCCCUCCAGCAGCUCCGUGGAGACGAGUCUGUCCAGGAUGAGGAGCCGCAGCGCCCACCGAGAGCGCGACCGCCACAGCUCGGUGCAGCAGAAGCAAAAUCUCAGUGGUGAAGAGGAGGGGGACGACGACGACUCAGAGACUCGGGUCCGGGACACUGACAGUCAGUAUGGGACCUGGGAGACGGGAUUGCGCACCGAUGACAGCCUCACUCCUGCCACUCCCAGCUCAGAAAGCAACCUCAGCCCGUCACCAAGGAAGCACACGCCCCCGCACACGCCUGGUGAUCAUCCCUCGCAGUUUGACAGUGACGCUCUAGACGGCCUCCUCCCCCGUCCCUCGUCCGACAGCCAGCCCCUCUCCUUCCCUGAAGCUCCAACCGCUCUGUUGGACACCAGCGCCCUCCGUUCCAGAGCCCAGCUCGUGAAGAAACGAGCCCCGCGAACGCGGCCCACCAGAGCAGCCCGUCAGAGUGCAGCGCUGCCGGAGGGAGGGGACGGAACCACCGAGGACUGGCUCUACAGAGACUCCACAGAGGCGAAGGUUGAGGGUAAGGAGGAUGACUGGGACCCCGAGGGGCAAACCAGAGGCGCCCCACCUGCUGCCGCCUCUCAGCCCCAGAGAGUCGCCCUGUUCCCUGGGAUGGACCCUUCAGCUUUAAAGGCGCAGCUGAGGAAGAGGGGCGACUCUGACAAUCAAAGCAACGGACCCACUCCCUCUCCUUCGCAGCUGUCUCGCUCUCCCAAGUCCCCCUUCCUUCCACGGGCAGCGCGCGUACUGCCCCCACCUGGUGGGAAAGAGAAUGGUGAGGAGGACUCGCCUCAGUGGUUGAAAGAGCUGAAGUCCAAGAAGCGCUUGAGUCAAUAUGAAAAUGACAGCUAAGUAAAUGAUGAGGUGGCCUUAACUGAUGAAUCUGUACGAAACAGAAGCCUUAACAUUUGACCCGGAGAGCAGGAGAAGGGGAAUCUACAGCUGCUGAUGUGUUAUGGGUUGUUUUGUUUUUUUCCCGUUUUUUUGUUUUGUUUUUGUUCUCUUCCUAUCUGGGUCGAUAAAUGUGCAUGGUGCCUUUUUUAUGGAAAAAAACAACGAGCGAGGAGGAGAAGGAAAAAAACUAAACAUCUGGCUGCUCUGCUUUAUCCAUUUCAUGCUUGAACCUGUGGGAGCUCUCCUGCACCAGGAGCGACACCGCACAAACACUUUAAUAGGGACCAUGCGAAGUGAAGUGAAGGGGCGGGGGGGCGAUCAUGUGGUGACCACAACGUCUCGUCAUCCCGGGUGUGCUUCAUCACACGCUGGAGGACAAUCCAGCCAAAUCCCUCUGCGAGAUGUUUUUGUAUUUAGUUUCCUUCACUUCGCCCGACGUGUACGCGUCGUACGUGCGUUGCCAUAGGAUGAUAUUUCAGACGUGGAUGAUUUUUUUGAACGUAGAGAACAAAUCACCUUCCGACUUGAUCGUCGGUGGGACUGUAUAUCAUGUUAGCGAGUGUAAUCAGGAGAUGUUAUAUUUGUAUUAUCUUUGAUUUAACAAAGACAGAGAGCUAGUUUUGAAACGACUUGAGAUGCGUCACUACGGCCGAGGCUCUUUGAUAAACCCCACAACCUUGUUGCGUGCUGUUCUGUGUCUUUUGUCUCAACGUCUUUUUGUCUUUGUGGAGAACCGAUCAGGGGCUUUUGGCCAACUGAUUUUCGCAUCCGUCAAUCACACACACUCUCCUAAUCAGCACAAAUACACUUUUCACUCUUUUAUGGAAACACUUAUCAGCCCUGCUUCCCUCCUUUGAAUAGAUUGUAGCCGCAAGCGUCCUUUAUAAGCCAUACAUCCAGCCUGUAGCCCUCACGCACACACAUACACACACUCCUCGAUCAUCUUUCUGCAAUGAAUUUUUGUUUUUCCACAAUGAAUGUUCAGCUUUCCCUCUAGUCUGUCCCCAUUGAUGUGCAUGCACAAUCGUUACUGUCUCACAAGGCUUUGCUAGGAAUUGACUGGCUCAGCGUCAGGGUCCCAGUAAAGGGGGGGGUUCGUUCACUACAGCGUUUACAUGACUAUGACCGUCACUCCAAGCAAACUCCCAAUAACUCCCCCAAAAAAUUGGACUAUUUGCACCUGCUCUGUAGCUGAACUCGUGUUCGCCACCCACCCACCCACCCGCCCGCCGGCUCUGCGCUUCUGUAAAGCACUUUGUCACUUGAUGCACUACAGCACUGACCUCUGACCCCCCCACCCCCACGUCGGCCAAGUUUCGUCUCCCGCGUCGUCGGGAGUGCUCGUGCAAUGCAGCAAGUGAACGUGUCUAUCGAGUCUUCGGAGCGAUGGUCCCCGGUUUCUAUGUACGUAUUCAUAGAGUUUAUGAGGGUUUAUUUUUAUGUCCUUUCUUUGUCUUUUUUUAUUUUAUUUGAAAGUAAAGAUGUAUAUUGCACUGUGUUGUACUGGCCAGUGUCCUCGAGCGAAUACAUUCGUAAUAAAAUUUACUUGGCUUAAA